AUGCAUUUCAAUGAGAAUGAUAUAGUAAAGCUCACCCUCAAGGGCACACCAAGAGAGAUCGGCCUCGAACAUGGCCGUCAACUCCAGUCGCAAAUCAAAAGCCAAAUCGCCACUUACGAGGAAAUGUUCCAACACACCGCUAACAAGUCCUGGGAGAAUGUUCGUCUUCUAGCAGAAGAGUUUCGAGUAUCGGCGGAGAAAUUGACACCGGACAUCUAUGCGGAGAUGCAGGGUAUCGCAGAGGGUGCCAGCCUCAACAUUCUGGAUAUCGUAGCGCUGAACUGUCGAAGUGAGAUUGCGUUUGGAUUCUCGGAUGGCUGCACGAGUCUGUCGUGGAAGAAGAGUGAGAAUGCUCGUGUGUUGACGCAGAAUUGGGACUGGACGACUUUGGUGAAGAGGAAUCUGGCUUUGGUCUCGAUUGAGCGUGAAGCGAAGCCGACGAUUUACAUGGUUACAGAGGCUGGGAUUGUUGGAAAAAUCGGAUUCAACACCGCUGGAGUAGGGACCUGUCUCAACGCCAUUCGUUCUCGACCAUGCAUCAGUUCCAAACUGCCCAUUCACGUCGCUCUCAGACUGUGUCUUGAGAGUAACUCCGUUGAAGAUGCACUACAGACGCUUUCAUCGCUGGGUGGUGUAGCAAACAGCCAACAUAUCCUCAUAGCAGACAGCAAGACAUCGCUCGGUCUAGAACUCUCCCCCCUCGGAGAUAUCCAUCUCAAGGAGGACGAGUUUGGUAUGGUCUUUCAUACAAACCACUUCCUUGAAAAUCAGACAAUGGACCCAUCGCCCUGGCUACCGGGUUCUGCCAUCCGUUUAGACCGGGCACGACAGCUUUCUCGCAGGCUAAUUGACGAUGGAAUCAAAGGGGAGAAGAUCACGCCGGCCUUGCUGCGACAGAAGAUCUUCUCUGAUACGUAUAACGCACCGCAGUCGAUCUGCUGUCAAGAGGAUAUGACUCGCCACCGAACAAUGCGGAGCUGCACGUUGUUCAACAUUGUCAUGAAUCUAGAUCUACAGAAUCUUGGGGCGGAGGUGGUCAUUGGACAGCCAGGGUCUGGUAAGGAAAGCUCCGUGGUGAAGAUACCUUGGUAG